AUGCCCGUCAAGCAACUCGACACGCCGUACCCGGUCAUCGACGCGGAUCCGCACUUCUCGCGUGUGGUUCGCAGCUUCCGCAGCUCGGACUACGUUGCCAUGGCCGGUGCCACUGCUGCUUUCCCGUCGGCCAUCUACCUGAUGGAGAUGUUCGAUCCAACACGACCCAAGCGUGGACUGAGCAGCGCUUUGCGCCUUUCGACGUUCUUGGGACUGUGCGGUGGAUUCCUUUUCGCAUACCAGAGGUCAUCGUUCCGCUUCUGGGGUUGGAAGGAGAACGAGCUGGAGCAGAAGGCCAACCAGGCUGCGAUUGAUGCGGGUAUCAAGCCUCCCGGUACGGAUCCUAGCAAGAGCGACCUCACUCCAUACCUGCAGGGUGUUGCGCACAGGAACAGCGCCUUCUCGCAGUUGAAAUUUAGCACGCUUCCUUGGUUCAACUUGGUCGACCACCCAUACCACGGCGGCAACAACUCGCAGGAGUCGUCGUAA